UGUGGAGUAGACUUAAGGGUGAGCGGAUGCGCAAAGUCUUGGAGGACGGUGUCUAAGAAGGUGGUCGGAGAGGUCCGGAGCUGCCCGGAGAGUCUCACUCUUCAGAAGGAUGCUGGUGGGAAAUGCCUGGCGACAGAGAGGACGAGAUUUGUCAAAAGGCACUGGAACUCUUGUCGGAUCUCUGCUCAAAGGGCAAAGUGCAAAGCGACAACUGUUUGGAUUUCAUAUACUAUUUUCGUGAUCUCGCCAGACCGAGGUAUUCAGACUCAGAUGUAUCGGUGAGCCUGCUUUCCCUGGUGGUAACAGCCUGUGGCCUGGCCCUCUUUGGGGUCUCCCUAUUUGUGUCCUGGAAGCUAUGCUGGAUCCCCUGGCGUGAGCAUGGCCUUUCCCCCGGCACCAAGGAGGGCCAGCCAGAACAGCAGUCCGUGUACACAGACUUGGAUGCCAUUGACAAUGAGUACAGCGAGGACUGCGUGAAGGAGCCGUCAGCGGUGCUAAUGCCUGAAUCAGCCAUGAAGAUCAGCCACACUUCACCAGACAUCCCGCUGGACUCCCAGUCCAAGGCCAAAGAGAACUGUGUCCACAACCCACGGAUGCAGAGGCAGAUCACUGAGCCAACCUCCUCUGUCCGGCACAACUCUAUACGGAGGCAGAUGAAUCUGUCCAACCCAGACUUCAACGUAGCUCAGUUCCAGAGGCAGGAGUCUCUGAGCGGGCUGGGCCGGAUCAAGCCGGAGCUGUACAAGCAGAGAUCAGUGGACACAGAUGACGGCAGGAGAAGCGAGAGCUGUGGCCAGCUCCACUUCAUCCUCAAGUAUGACUGUGACUUGGAGCAGCUCAUUGUCAAGAUCCACAAGGCACAAGACCUGCCCGCCAAGGACUUCUUGGGCACCUCUGACCCCUAUGUGAAGAUCUACCUGCUCCCAGACCGUAAGACCAAGCACCAGACCAAGGUGCACCGGAAGACUCUGAACCCAGUGUUCGACGAGGUCUUCCUGUUCCCUGUAGCCUACACUGAACUGCCCAUGCGCAAGUUGCACUUCAGCGUGUACGAUUUUGACAGGUUCUCCCGCCAUGACAUCAUUGGCCAAGUGGUGGUGGACAACUUCCUGGACCUGGCAGACUUCCCUAGGGAAACUAAACUCUGCAUGGACAUCCAGUAUGUCAGCUUGGAUAAUGUGGACCUUGGAGAUCUCAUGUUUUCUCUUUGCUACCUACCGACUGCUGGAAGGCUAACCAUCACCAUGAUAAAGGCUAGAAAUCUGAAAGCCAUGGACAUCACUGGGGCAUCAGAUCCUUAUGUAAAGGUUUCUUUAAUGUGCGAUGGACGGAGAUUAAAGAAGAGAAAAACAUCAACCAAAAGAAACACACUGAAUCCUGUCUACAACGAAGCCAUAGUCUUUGAUGUUCCUCCAGAAAACAUUGACCAAAUUUGCCUUUUAAUAGCUGUAAUGGACUACGAUCGUGUAGGUCACAAUGAGGUCAUUGGCGUGUGCCGGGUGGGCAACGAUGCAGAGAGUCUGGGCCGUGACCACUGGAAUGAAAUGCUUAUGUACCCCCGCAAGCCCAUAGCCCACUGGCACCCUCUGGUCGAGUGGGUGGGGCAAGGGACAACUGGUGGGAGUCAGGGCUCCUGCAAUUCCUUGAAAACACCUCCAUCUCCAUGACCAAACAAAUCCUUCAAUAUUGUGAUGGAAAGAGUUGGUGCAGAUAAAGAUCAAAACAUCGA